CAUGAUGCAUUCCUUCCGAGCUUUCCACAUUCCUUUCUCCUCCUUUCUUUUGUUCUCGUUGCUUCUGACAACAAACAUCUCCGGCGAAGUUGCAGGCCAGCACCACCAUCACUGCGGUCCCGGCUCCCUCCGGAGAACUUUGCCGAACCCCCACCGACAGCGCCGCUACCAUGGCAAGUUUGUGCCCGGCCCGUGGUCCCGAGCACACGCCACAUUCUACGGAAGCAGGGAUGGUUCUGAUACAAGAGGGGGCGCAUGCGGGUAUUCCGACACCGUAGCGCAAGGCUACGGCUUACAGACGGCGGCAUUGAGCACCGCACUGUUCAACGAUGGGCUGUCGUGCGGCGCUUGUUUUGAGAUAAAAUGCGUGGAUGAUCCCAAGUGGUGCAACCCGGGCAGGCCUUCCAUCUUCAUCACCGCCACCAAUUACUGCCCGCCAAACUACAACCUCCCCAGCAACAACGGCGGUUGGUGCAACACACCCCGCCCCCACUUUGAUCUCACCCUGCCGGCUUUUCUCCAUAUUGCACAAUACAAAGCGGGCAUUGUUCCUGUGUCUUACCGAAGGGUUCCAUGCAAGAAGCGAGGAGGAAUGAGGUUCACCAUGACGGGAAACCCAUACUUCAACAUGAUACUGGUGUGGAAUGUGGGCGGAGCAGGUGAUGUCCGGCAUGUUGAGGUGAAAGCGCAACGGCGUCCGUGGAGGACAUUGAGGCAUAACUGGGGGCAAUACUGGGAGACCAAUGCUAAUCUCGUCGGCCAAUUUCUGUCUUUCAGAGUCACCGCCGGUGAUGGUCGCCGCUCCACCUCGUGGCAUGUUGUUCCUUCAAACUGGCAGUUCGGACAAACCUUUGAGGGCAAGAACUUUAGGUUCUGAAACUGAAAAAAGAUUAAGUAGCAUGAAAUUUAUGGGAGCAAUAUAUAGAAUUAGAUUAAAAAAAAGUUGCAUUAUGGAUGGUUUUUUUCUCCUUUG